AUGGGAGGAGGGAGGAGGACCGCCGCCGCCCUUGUGGCCUCUACGACCUUCGCAGCGGUGCGGCUGCGACGCAUCCUGCACCUGGCGACGCAGCAGCAGCCACGGCAUUGCAGUAGCACCACCGCCACCACCAGCUCCUCUUCGUCGAGACAAAAGUUUCAUUACCGACCGCACCAACUCAGUGGCAAGGGCAGAGGUGGUGCCAACUCGGGCUUCGAGGCUUAUUCGACAACGACAGCAUCUUCCUCGGCGCAUCUCUCCCUGGAUUUGCUUGCGCCGCCUUCCACACUGACAGUGGACGCCGCUGUGGAGUACAUGGCAGCACUGCGUGGCUUGCAUCGUUCACUUGGCGUCACUGCAUCUUCGUCACGCGUUCGUUGGCAAGCACGGGAGUUUCUGCUUCGGGGCAUGCCAAGCCCAAAUGCGAAGGAAUUGCAGGCAAUAUGGACGAUGACAGAAGGGCUUGCCUGUGCAAUUAUAGUCUCCUGUGCAUAUUUUGAGGUUUCCAUCUCAGAGUGCAUGUAUGGAGCUGAAAGUAUCGAGUUUCUGCAAGGUAUUUGGCAUACGCGCCUGCAGUCAUCCUCCACCUCAUUGCUAAUGUGCACUUGUGACGAGGCCAUCUUGCUAGGACGGUUAACCAUGGCGGUCCUGGGACUUUUAACUAACCGGGUUCUGUAUGUGAAAGUAGACGACUAUGAGUUGUUAUCGCAGUUGUUGUGCAAGACACUUUUGCCUGCCGUGAUGCGUGUGCUGCGUGACGACGUCAUCUUUCCCUUCCCUGCCGCGGGAGAAGAUGGAGAUCGGAGUGAGCUGACGGCUGCACAGGCCACAGCCUUCACUGUACUACUCUCUUCCUUGACGAAGGCAGCCGUGACACAUUGGGCUCGAACGAGCGGUGAGUCAGAGGGAAUUGUCCUCUUUGGCACGCCGACUGAUCUGCCGCGUCUUCUUGAGGGUGCUCCGCAUCUUCCGCGUGCAGUUCAGGUGACCGUCCCGGCGUUGCCGCCAGCGAAGUUGGCGCGAGGCGUAUACCACUACGCUAGUGGUCUCACGCCCUCUCGGGUGAGGGAGGCGGCAUUGCCACUGCUUCGCUUCUUUACACUUACCCAAUGCGUUCCACUUUUUCUUGCACCGCAUGAUACAUGUGUUCAGUACGAUGGGAACAAUGGCAGCAAUGGUGGUGAUGCACAAGAAGCACACACGGCAUCACUCGUGAAGUCCAUCACACGCGUCCUACAAGCGUCACUGGAGCACCGCACCGUUUUUGUCUCACAUCAAGUGGCAAACAUUACCUCGAUAUACGCCCGCAUCCUUUUAUUCUCUCCCAGAGCUCCAGGGAAGGUGAUGGGGAAGGAUGGAACUGCUCUUGUUGUUGCUUCUGCGCCAUGGCUCAUGUUUGAGAGUCUUAUGAUGGGGUUAAAGCGCAACAUCCUGUAUCAUGUGGGUCCGCUCUCACCCAUUGCAGUGAUGCCUCAGUUGUGCGAGUGUGUGACGUUGUUUGCGAGAAAGUAUCUUUUUUCAGAUAUGGCUGCCUUGCUUAACGCUCUUUCGAAGAUUUUUCGGGUCGUUUGCGAGUACCACAGUCAUAUGGCCACACGACAGCCGCAGCGGCAGCAACGUGUCCUGUUGGACAAGGGGGAUGCUGUACGCCCUCGCUUCGAGCGACGCCGAACGACGGCUUCCGCUGUGAUAACAAACGACGCGUCGGCGGAUGCAGGACAUUCGUCCACUACACCAUUAUCACCACCGCCACAUUUGUUGUUGACGGAUACGUUUUUCGUUGGCAAUGACGACAUUGCGGAAAUCGAAGGUGAACUUGAGGUACUUUUAGACGCAUGCGUUGCUGUCAUGGAGCGGCACCUGCCAGCUUCCUGCGAUAGUCGUCAGGUGUUUGUCGCAAAGUCGUCUGUUCCUCCGUUAGCGGCGCAUUUGAGCAGUCAUGACGGAGGCUCCAUGGUGGUGCGGGAGGAGACAGCCGUUUCGCUUGCUGGGGUUGGCGCUUCGCAGGCGAAGACACUUGGCGGAAGAAGCCGUCGACUAAAGAGGACGGUCUCCAGCAGAGAACUUGUUAUGAUUGCGGAGGGUGUUCAUGCCCUGAGCUGGCGGCCUUUCAUGGCCUUCCAGGAGCGCCUGUUGACACUACUUUCAUCUCACGUGGGGCAAAUGGAGGCGACUCCGUCUGAGUACGCAUGCCUUGUUCGGUUUGUGCUCCGUGCACCCCCCGUGCCUCCGUCUGUCAUUUUUCACUCCGUAGGGGAUCGACUGAAGCGACUGAUUCACGCAGAGGCGGUUCCGGCCGUCUCCUCGAAGGGUGAGGGUCACGGCGACAUGCAGAAGAGCACCGAGAUAAUUGCCUCUUCAGAAGAAAAAGAAGAAGAAGCAGCAGCAUCAGGAGCGCGUGUGGUGAUUGCUGCGGCGCAUGCUCGGUCGUUGUGCGACAACCCACUUGCUCUGUACGACGCCUGUGCGGUUGUUUUUGCCUUUGCACAGAAGUUGAAAAAAUCGGCCCUCCCGUUGUUACAUGAUCUUCUUGUGCGCUGUGGCCAGCGGGUUACGUUGGCGUCUGAGUCACCACAGGGUUUGUGCAAUGAUUCGGCCACUUCUGCAGCCUUGGCGAUGUUUGUGGCCAGCGCCACUUGGGUGCUUCAUCAUACCGCGCCUAUUUCACCAGAGGAUCAUGCACUAACUUUUAUUGCGGUGUCCCGCGACCAUGCGGCUCACAUUUUGGAUGCCAGGACUUCAGAGGAAGCGAGUUAUGCGGCCACAGGUUUCCUCCCUUUUAGGGAGCUGGCGUACGCGUGUAUGAUGUUGGAGUCCUCGUGCGACUCCCGGUGUGGGGCUCCCCUGACACAGCUUCGCCGUGCUCUGCGCGAGGCCUACAUGGCGUGUGGCUCCCGCUGCGAUAGCAUGGAGGUGGCGCAGUUUCUUGCCGACUAUCUCGCAAUCCCCUCAAUGGCUAUGUCGUAUGGCAACUCUGUGACAGCACCGAAUGCGAGUCAGGAGGGGGCGGCGCUGUUGCAGCUCUCGCCAUGGAUGAUUGAUUCGUUGCAGCUGCGGCAACGAGUUUCCAGUAACACGAGACUUCUUCUUGUGAUGUUUACUCCAUUUCUCGGGGAUGGCAGUGACAAAGUCACGCGGAUUUUGCAUGUCACCCGGUUGUACUGUCGCACCUUUGCAACACUUGUCACAACACUGCGACUGCUGCGUGCUGCGAAUGCCGAGCUGCUGCGCGAGGAUGCCGUUCUCGAGGUGGUGCUUCGAAAGGUCGCACAACUGACGCGUCGGACGGCACUUCCACUGGAGUUGUUUCAAUUUUUCGAGCUCUACGGCGACUGCCCACAAGUGGUCGCUGCGUGCCUGAGUGAGCUUCUGUCAGAGGCGCGAUGCUUCGGCGCGGUCAACGCCUUUGUUCCUAUUGUUCAGGUAAAUGCUGCAGUGCGGGCAGUACGACGACUGCAACUGCGGGAGCUGCGGCGGCGUUGGUUCGCAGCAAUGACUCCGCUUAUUGUCUGCGCCGUCUCCUCGUCGCGCGAGCCCCUUGACGUCGUGCUAGAGUUAACGGAGUGCAUCGGCAACGACGACCCGGAACUACUGCAGUCUGUGCUAAAGUCUUCUGCCUCCAUGCAGAUGAUUCAUCAGACCUUCAGCUACACGGUGGCCGGGGAUGUGUUGCUCCGCUUGCUCUUGCAGCUUCAGAGCGCCAACACAGCGCACCCGACCGUCCGCUGCUUGCACGCGGCAGCGCGCAAGCUAUUGCAGCGGAGCAACAUAUACAUUCCGCUGGAGCAACUGGCACAGGCCAUGCUGCUGCCCUCUCUCGAGGGGACAACCCUUGGCAGGCGACUAAAGAAACUGUUUGUGUUUCGUGUGACAACUCUUCUUGGCGUCACGCGGUCGCGUGCCACGCGCUGCAAGGGGACUGCCAGAAACAAAGUGUGUAGAGGACCGACCCACCACGACGGAGCGACACUCUCGCUGGGAUGA